AUGAAGUUCGCCCUCCUCUUCGCUGCCGACGCUGCCGUCGCUUUUGCCUCCAGCGAACAUGACGGCAAGCGCCUCAUUCGGCUCUCAGCCGACCACUCCGAGUGGAUGACCGAUGCCCAAGUGGCGGACUUAGCCCUCCGUGACAUCGGGUUCUUGGACGACACCGACGGCGAGUGGACCCGCGUGCUCGAGUUGGGGGCGGCUCGCCAGGCCCAGAAAAGCACCCUCCAAGGACGUGCCCUCCAAGAAGCAACCCCGUACCCGAUCGUGGCCACAUACCCCAAGCUCAAGCAGUCCCUGGAGAGGUUUGUGAACAAGUUUGCAAACCGCCUUUACAACUCGACCGAAGGCGCGCAGUCGUGCGGGUGGAUCUACGGCCAAGUGACCGAGUUGGCUGCCACGGUGGUUACUAACCCCGACGUCAAAGUUAACUACUCUGUGCUUGCCCGUGUCGAGCCUACUACUAUUGUCAAGGACGACAUUGUCAUUUUGAGUGCGCACCAAGACUCCAUCAACCGGAAAGACCGAAGGGACAUUGUGAAACGCAAGAACGCCCCCGGGGCCGACGACGACGGGUCGGGAACCGUGACCAUCUUGGAGUCGCUCAAGUACUUGCUGGCGACCCCUGAGUGGACCCCCAUUCGGCCCGUGGAGUUCCACUGGUACGCCGCCGAAGAAGUCGGCAAGUUUGGGUCCUUGGCAGUGGUGGCAGAGUAUGCGAACGCCAGCACAGCCGUGCUCGCCCAGAUGCAGCAGGACAUGACGGGGUACGUCGCCCCAGGCACGAGACCCGUCGUGAAUUUUAUCUCCGACUUCACCAACAAGAACCUCAACACCUUCGUGGAGACGCUCAUCGCAACCUACUUGGGCCUCCCCGUGAACCACUCAGCGUGCGGCUACGGCUGCUCUGACCAUUUCUCGUGGAACGCGUCGGGGUACCCUUCGACGUAUCCGUUUGAAACCGAGUUGAAGGACUUGAACCCAUACAUGCACUCCCAAAACGACACGAUCGACACCAUCGAUUUCAACCACAUGGCCGAUUUCACCAAGCUCUCGAUUGCGUACGUUGUCGAGUUGACUCAGGACAGCGCCACGUCAUGCUAA